AUGGUUGAAACUGGAAAUGAAACUCAAUUAUGGUAUGAUUCAUGGUUAGGUCCAGACAACUUAAAAGCAAAAUACUCGUCCCUAUUCGAAUUAGAAUCCAGAAAAAAGUGUUCAGUUGCUAACAGAAUCUUUGGACCAACUAUCUCAUGGAACUGGAAGUCUCGCCCCUCUGCUCUUGGGUUAAAGCCUGCUGUCAGAGCACUUACCAAUGACAUCUCUGGCAUUCGCCUAGGUCAUGGAGCAGAUCAUUGGAGAUGUAAGUUAACUGGUGAUGGUUCGUAUAUUGCUAGUUCUCUUAGAAAGGCUAUUGAUAAACAUCAUAUUAACAUUUUGGGCUCUUCGGUACAGCAAUGGAGUAAGUUGGUCCCAAUUAAGGUGUUAAGCUUCAUUUGGAGAGCUACACAAGGUAGAAUACUCGUAGCUGUCGUGUUGAAGACUAGGGGUAUUAAGGUCAAUUCAAUGAUGUGUUGCUCUUGUAUUGGACAUUCGGAGAGUGCAUACCAUGUUUUUAUUGAUUGCUCUUUUGUGUCUACGAUCAGGAACAACAUUAUGAGCUGGUAUGGGGUAAAGUUUGAUCAAAACUCAAUAAGGAGUACCAGAGACCUUCUUCAUGUUGUAGCCACAUGGGGAAGCUAUCCGAAGAAAAUGAAAAGACUAGUUGUAAUAUGCUAUGGAAUCUAUGGCGGUUCAGGAACAAACGACUGCUUCAAAUGGAGGGUAUAUCAUCGACUCACGGUACUGAAUGCAUUAAGACUAUGGUCUUUUUUUGGUGUAAAAACAAGGGCAAAAAUGUAA